AUGUAUCAUUUUUUUCUUCCUCUUGCUCCCCUCCCAACGCUGCCCUCUCAACGCUGCCCUCCCAACGCUGCCCUCUCAACGCUGCCCUCCCAACGCUGCCCUCCCAACGCUGCCCUCCCAACGCUGCCCUCCCAACGCUGCCCUCCCAACGCUCCCCUCCCAACGCUGCCCUCUCAACGCUGCCCUCCCAACGCUGCCCUCCCAACGCUCCCCUCCCAACGCUGCCCUCUCAACGCUGCCCUCCCAACGCUGCCCUCUCAACGCUGCCCUCCCAACGCUGCCCUCCCAACGCUGCCCUCUCAACGCUGCCCUCCCAACGCUGCCCUCCCAACGCUGCCCUCCCAACGCUGCCCUCUCAACGCUGCCCUCCCAACGCUGCCCUCUCAACGCUGCCCUCCCAACGCUGCCCUCUCAACGCUGCCCUCCCAACGCUGCCCUCUCAACGCUGCCCUCCCAACGCUGCCCUCUCAACGCUGCCCUCCCAACGCUGCCCUCUCAACGCUGCCCUCUCAACGCUGCCCUCUCAACGCUGCCCUCCCAACGCUGCCCUCCCAACGCUGCCCUCCCAACGCUGCCCUCUCAACGCUGCCCUCCCAACGCUGCCCUCUCAACGCUGCCCUCCUAAUACUGCCUUCCUCCUAA